CAGUCGACGGGAGCACCGGUUACCGUGGGAGCCAAUCACAACGACACAGCACCAUACGUCCGAGGAGGAAGAGAUGGCCACCCAACAUAACUUCAGUGUCGAGACUUUGUCGUUUGUGCUUGUGUUCGUGUUGUUUGCGGCGCUUGUCCCGGUCGAUGCCUCCGCUGAUCGGACGAAGACGGUGGAGUUUAACGUCAAACCGGGAGGAGUGGUGCACACGUUCAGCGAGGCGAUUAGGGAGUAUGAGUGCUCAUUCACUUAUGCUUCACAAGGGGGAACCAAUGAGCAAUGGCUGAUGAGUGUGGGUCUGAGUGAUGACGACAGCUUGUUUUCCUGCUCCGUGUGGAGGCCCCAGGGGAAAUCCUACCUGUUUUUCACUCAGUUCAAAGCUGAACUGAAAGGAACCAAAAUUAAAUAUGCUAAUGCAUUUUCUCAGACGGUGGCUGCAGGACAAAAUGACGUGCCUUUGAAGCCGGAGGAAUUUAUCGUAGGAGACUCAACAGUGACCCAGCGAGAUGGAAAAUUCAGCGCUCAGCUCUCCAAACUGACCGCCAUUGGACAGACGCGACACGAUGAGCUGUAAUUGGUCAGAAGUCUGACGUGGCUUUCAUGUGUCGAGCUCUGAGUCGUGCCUCUGUGUAUUCAAUGAAGGAUGGAUUUGUUGGAGAAGCAACCAAAAACUGAAGUAUGAUGAUACUGAUACUGUAUAUGAGUAAAUUAUAUAUAGUGAUAUAUAUUACAAUGGAUUUGAAAAUGCUGCUGUGGACAUGAAACACAGAGGCAUCGGUUUAGUGUUAACAUUUUCUACGACAUAAUGUCCUAGUUUAAAUUCUGCCAUAAGAUAAAGUGCUUCCAUAGUUAUUUCUUAGUUUCUGAGGCUAUAAGAUUUACAGAGAGCAAAUCUGUUCUGAUUCACUGGGGACGUAUCUGACUGUAUAGAGGAUUGGUGUCUGGGGCUUGUAGGGUAAAGAUAACUCAUUUAGAGUAGGGAGGGUUUUAUUUGUCUUGUGUAAUCCUGAGAGGAAAGGGAAUAAUCUCCAAUAACAUCAUCGCUCUCUCAUAAACAAUUACAUUUUCCUCAAUCUUGUUCUGUUCUGAGCUCCUCGCUCUCGCUUUCUGUUUAUAUUUGUCUGUUAGAUAACUGUAAACACAUUUUAUCCCAUGAAUCGCCAAUCGGUACCACUCGUGAUCACCUUUUGUUCCGUUUGUGUUUUUGGCCAGAAGGGGUAUUGUAAUAGAGCAGUAAGAGAAAGAUGUACAGAACACACUAAAAAUCAGUGCAUUUUGUAUACAUCUUCAACAGUGUCAGUGUGAAUUCAUUAUUACCUUGUAUUACCUUUUAUGUUGAUUAUUUUUAAUUAGACACCUUCAGCAGAGGAUACAACCAUUUCCUUAUUUAAAUUUCCCUUUUUUUAUUUUUAGAUAUUUCAACAAAAAAAACUACAUGUAAGCUCUGCACAGACAUUUGGAUUAUAGUGUGUGUGUGUAUAUAUAUAUAUAUAUAUAUAUAUAUAUAUAUAUAUAUAUAUAUAUAUAUAUAUAUAUAUAUAUAUAUAUAUAUAUAUGAAGAAGAAGAGAUGUCAUCACAUAAUCCUGAGCCACUUUUGAACCGUCUGCUUUCAUCCUUCACUGUAACGUGUGAGGAUCAGCGAGGGUAUUGUGCAGGUUUCAGAAGUACAUGCUCUCCUACGUAGCGAGCAGACUUGCCUUUUAUCUUUCUUGCAUUGAUCCAAUCUUCUUAGAUCCACACGAGUGUCCGCUAGAUGAGUUCUGGGGAUUGAUUUCAGAUUUGAGGAUUGUGCUGAUUUGAUUCUGCGGUCGGAUUAUUAUUCGUACCUUGUUUGGUCAGGAUUCGGACCCUCUCGUCUGUCCGGUGGUGAUCCUCUGGAGUUGAGGAAACGCUCGGCUUGGGACGCUCGCGUGUCACCACCGCUGAGGCUUCCGCUGGGGUCACAACAGGAAGCAACCGCGUCCAGAUACUGUUACAGGAUAGAAUCAAAACACACACGUUAGUUAUUUUGUACUUGUUUUGUUUUCUACUUUGUUCUGAUUCAUGAUGAAAUGUGAUUGAUGUUUGAAUAAAGACAUGUUGUCACUGUGCUGGAGAUAA